AACGCGUCUCCGUUUGGUUGUUGCCGCCGGUUGGUCCGGUCGUCGUGCUGAUCUUUUUGGCCAAGUGAAUGUUUUUCAAUUGUAACCAAAACAAUACCGUCAAGUGGGUGAUAUAAGAAACCCGUCCAACAGCCUCACAAAAACACAAAAUUCCCCCCGUCUUGACUAAAAGUUUUGUCAGCAAAUUUAUCCAUAUAAUAAAAACCAAAAACACCAAGAUGCAAAUACUCGAAAACAAAUAAUUUAUCGAAAAUUUACAAAACGCUAAAAGCAAAAGAAAAAACAAAAAAAAAAAAUUAAUAAGAAACCAGUCAAAUUGCAAAUUACAAACCAACACCAUUUUGGAUAAGGUUUUUACGUGAGUAACGAAAAUGUCUGGCAAGAUGGAGCCGGCGUCGCUGCUACGCAGACGCAGCUUCUUUUUCUUCGUCACCAUCUGCUGCGGCUUCUUCGGCUUGGAGUUCGUCAGCGCACAAGAUACUUCCAGCUACUACUUUCCAUCGCAAAACCGAUUUGUGCCAUCGUCCGGUUCCUUUCCGCGCCAGCAGCCCCAGUCACUGGGUGGAUUCCGUGCCAGUUCCGGCGCAUACUCACCAGCUCCCGGCUCCUACCAGGAGCAGCUCCUCUUCAUAGCCAACGAGAACGCCAAGCAAUCGCCAUCCGGGGUGAAUACGCCAUUUGGCGGCACGUUCGGCGGCAGUUCCCCCCAAUUUGCGAAACCGAAUCGCCAGUCGGACUAUUACGAUAUCUCGCCACGCCCCUUUGGGGUGCCCGGCGGGGCGGGUCCGGCGGCAUCAGCUGGAUCUUCGGGUGCAGCAUCUUUGGCAGCUGGUGCAACGUCCGCAUCGGUGACCAAUGGCUUCACACGCUCCAAGGCGAUACGCAACGGUCUGGGUGGAUCGGGAAAUAGCCUAACCGGUGGAUUUCAGCCGCAUACGCAGCGCAUCAAUGUGCCACACCAGCAGACGCAAUUUCUGGCCCACUUUAAUGAGAAUGGGAAUGAAAAGCGCCCAACGUCCAGCAGUCGUCCAUUUGGCAAUGGUGGCUUCUCCCCCAGUCGCACCCGUACCCAAGCUCCGGUUUCUGCCCAGCCGGAAUCUCCCGUCACUCCCGCCGCCACGCCCUUCAGGCCGCGGAAUCGCUACCAGCCUAGCAGUGCCACAACUUCAUCCACCACAACCACGGGAAGUAGUGCCGAGGUGAGCAGCAAGCGGUACAAUCGUUUCGGCAGCAGCCGGGUCAAGUCCACCACCAGCACCACAUCCACCACCCAGAACACCCCGGCAGAUCGUCCCAGUUUCGGCAGGAAUAAGCCUAAUCCCAGGCGGCCAGUGGUCAUUAGUCGCGAGGUUAACGAGCCGGUGAGCACGGUCAGCAGGAAACCCUUCAACUACAGCGCCGCCAGGCUAAAGUUGCCCGCCCGACCCACUGCCCGGACGACCAGUACCACCGAGAGCGCCGAGCAGGAGGAAGAGGACGAGGAGGAGAACCCAGACGGUGAGCAGGAGGAUGAGGAUGCGGAGAACAGCGAUGAGCAGUACGAGGAGAGUUACGAGGGACCCGACGAGCACUCGGAAUCCUCCAGCCUGGAGAAGCUGCCGCUGCAGGAGGAAAACGUUACCCCACUGUCGGUGCCGAAGAAUGAAGCGGAGCACUCCGAGGAACCUGCCACUCUGACCUCGAAUCCAGUGAUUGAUCACGAGAGUAGCACCGCCAGCACGGAGGAAAGCCAAACGGAUGCCUCCGAGGUCACCAGCGGGGAGAUAGAUGCCACCACCUUGGAACCAGAGAACGUAGAAGAGGUGGCCACCACACUGCUUCCGCAGGAGGAUCUGCAGUCUACCGAGGAUGCUCAUGUGGAGGAACAAACCGUUACCACUGAGCCACCUCUGGAAAAUACUUCCGAAGGCCUUAAAUCGGUAGAGAACACAUCUCAGCAGGAGGAGCAGGUUCCAGCCAAGCAACUGGACAAACAGGAGGAGAAGCAAACCUCUUCCAAGCAGGAAGAGCAAUCCGAAUCUGAAUACGACGACGAAGGAUCCCGGGGAGAAAGCGAUGGCGAGGAAUACGAUUACGACGACGAGGAGGGCAGCGAGGAUACCACCAGCGAGGCCGACAGCCAGGACUCGAAGCACUCCACUCCCAGUGCGGAGCAAGAAGAGGAGCGGGAGAUCAUCUCCGUGGUGACCACCAAGAGCGUGGUGAACGGAUCCACAGUGCUCCCGGCUCCUGUCACGCCAAGUUCCAACACGAUAACCGACGAGGAGCCUGAGGAAGAGCAAUCUCCUGGAGAGUUGAAGCAAGACGAGACCACACCUCUGCCCUACGAAGAGGAAAAGGGAACCAACGCCACCGAGAACUAUGUGGUUGUGGCCUCCAUCCAGCCCAGCCGAAGCAUCAACGGAGCACGCUUUUUGCCCUUCGACGGAAUCGAGCAGGAGGAGACCAAACAGACCCUCUCCGAGCUGGAGCGCAAGGUGCACUCCAAGCAGCAGCCAACUCCCUCCCAGAAACCAUCCGCCGACGGCAGCGAAGAGCAGGUCGCCAGCUCAUCUGUCCAGCCCCCGACAGCCGCUUCGACGGAAAGCAUCAUCGACAAACUGGAUCGAGUGCAGUCGGAGCUCUCUAGUGGCCUGCUGUCCGGAAAGUAUCCUAUCAUCAGCCAGAUGGAUUCCUCCACACCCGCCACCAGCACCACAACCGGCACUGGCACUGGAAAAUUCGUGCCCCACAUCCGUAAGUUCCAGCCCAGGACGACGUCCGCCCCCAGCACCACCAAGGCCAUUAAGGUCCAGCACUUUGACGAGGGAGAGAUGGAUGAACUGGCCGGUCUGCUUCCAGUCGGCUUCAAGCCCAAGGCCAGCUACAAGAACCGCAAGAUCACCACCACCACCUCCACAACGGAGGCACCUCCAUCCACGGUAGAGCAACCCAAAUCCAAGCCAGGACGCAACUCGACCAUCAGUAGAUCUUUCAAGAGCGGCCAGGUUACCGUGCAGGAUGUGGCUCUAGCGGGUCUCCUGCCCAAGGGCUACAAGCCCCCAAGGACAACGACCACCACUACCACCAAGAAGCCAGAGGAGAUCAGCCCUAAGCCAUCGUCCAGUUUGGAGAGUCUGUUCAGCGAAGUGAAGUUCGACGACAGCCUGGCGGCUCUGCUGCCCAAGGACUACAAGGUGGCCAGCACACCCAAGCCCGAAAUUUCCGUUGUAGACGAUAUAUCCAAGUUCCUGCCGCCUGGCUACAAGGCGAACACCACAACGCAGCCUAGCACCUCGACAACACCAAGGAAUCUGCCCGUGGCAGUGCCCUUCGACGACUUAAGCAAGUUCCUGCCUCCCGGUUACAAGGCCCCCAAGGAGAAGGCAGAGGAGCCCAAGCUUCCGGAGGGAGUGACUCCCAUUAAGCUGGACGACUUGAGUGACCUGCUGCCGCCGGGAUUCAAGCUGAACGCCACCACGAAACCAGAGGCCAGCGACGUCAGUGACGAGAUACCUGCUUCACUGCUGCCACCCGGAUACAAAGCUAAGAAGCUUCAUCCAGCCUCGACGACCACCACCACCACAACCACCAGCAAACCCAAGCCGGCAGCGUCCAGCACCACCGAGGCAACUGGAUCCUCAGAAGGAGGAGGGGCAGGAGGCUUGAAGGUGGUCUUCCCGAAGGGCUUCCACAAGCGAGUCGGUGCCCAUCGCCUGACCACGCCACAUCCCUCUCAGGAGGGCGGCGCUUCCGAGCCGAAUUCUAACGCCUCGCCUCCGGUGGUGAUCAAGAAGGGUCCACCGACCAGGGCAACCACAGAGUUCACGGGAUGGCCGACGCCACCCACUACCCCGCUCUCCAUCGACAAACUCAAUGCUCAGACCAUUAACUUUGAGGACCUACUGACCGCCAGCGGAACCAGCAGCACCACCAGCAGCACUACUUCCACGACUACGACAACCACAACAACAACGCCACGACCCACCAAGCCUGGUCACUGCACCUCGGACUGCGACCUGGCGGCCACCAUCAAGAUCAUAGACGGCGUGGCCUGGAAGCCGGAGCUACUGGACCACAACACCCUGGAGUGGAAGAAUCUGGCCCACGAGCUAGAGGCACAGCUCAAUGAGGUCUACUCCAAGGCCCCGCAGCUAAGCAACUGGUACAAAAAGGUGCGCAUUGACAGCUUCAGCAAGGGCAGCGUCCUGGUCGACUACUACGUGGAGCUGGCCAACAUAAACGAGGAUGUGGAUACUCUGGAGAUCCGGCAGUUGUUCCAUGAUGCCCUCACCAAACCGACUACACCCGCUGUGCCCGAUAAGGAUGCCCAGGAAAAUGAAACAGAUAGUGUGUCGGGACCGCAGGAGGAGCAGCUAGUCACGGCCAGCUACCAGAUGGGCAAGUUCCUGAUCGAUCCCGUGGCCACCGAUUUCAGUGUCAUCGCCAAGAAUGUCCACACGAAUGUGGAACUGGCCGAGGAGGAUCUGCUGAUACCCCAAUGGGCCAUUGUUGUGAUUGUGAUUGGAGUGGGUUCCCUGGUCUUUGUCAUCAUCUUUGGUGUUACAGUGCUCCUUAAUCGUCAAAAGAGGGCCAAAAAGGCACCCAUUCCUCUGACCAACGACAUGCUGAACGAACUGAAGGUGAACCAUAUGGGUGGUGUGGACAACUACGGGGUGGACGACUUCUAUAAUAUCGAUGAUCCUUGGAACGAUACCAAGCAGCCCAUUAAGCCAAAGCGGUUUACCAACUCGAUGCAUGGUAGCAACAGCUCCAAUAUCUACGACAGCUGGCGCUCCACCCGCCAUCCGCACAGCAGUGGAGACUACUUCUAUGACCAGCAGCCGACCUACUCCACGAAGGGUGACUCCCUGAAGCGCCCGCACCACCACCACAGCAACCACAGCCAGUAUCCCGCCCACCACCAUCACCAGCAGCCCCAGCAGCAGCACCAACAGGCGUACGGACACCAGUAUCCGGAUGCCUUCGCCGAUGCCCACCAAAUGUACAGCUACAACAACCAUGCGAGUCGGACGCGCUACUCCCGCGACUACGAUCCCGACUUUUGAAUGGGGGCCAAGGGUAUACGCGAUCCGACAUCUGAGAUCCGAAACCCACCCACCCAGACUGGACCAUCAAGAUCCAUCCGUGCACUAGCUUUAGUAACUUGCGAACGAUUUUGAGUUGUAACUUAAUAGCGUAAAGGAUCGUAGUUGUAAUGCUGCUGUAAUUUAUCGUACUGCCUGCUGGCUUGGCUCAAAAGUCCUUCCACUUUUCUGCACCCACAGCCAGCCGUAGCUAAACUAAGUUAGGAUAUCUCUCGAGAACCCAAUGGAGCUACUACAUACAUCUGCGUAUGUAUCUGGAUGCCUUACACUUUUACUUAAUCUACGGAUAAAGAGAAUAUAUAUUUUCUUAAUAGAACUCUAAAUAGGGGAACAUGCCUGUAUGCAUGACCCCAGAAAAAUAAAUAGUCAUGCACUCUUAGUUAAUCCUAGCCACUAAGCUAAAACUAGAAACACUACAUGUAUACUUUGUAUUAUUUAAAGUACUGGCGUCUUGCUAUAAUACUAAUAUUGUCUAUAUUACGGCAAGUAAAUAAAAAAUUAUAUAAUA